AUGACAAAGGAAGACAUCGAAGAGGAAUGUGAGCAUUCGGCCUCGCGAGAAGCUGAGGGAAGCCAAACACAGAUGAGAGACCAUGCAGCGGUUAGAGGGGAGAACAUGAAGGCCUCGCAGGAAGCUGAGGAAAUACGGUUUUCGGCCUCGCCGUGUGCUGAGGGUCGCAGAGGAAAACAAAAGCCCAAGAAGCGGAAAGCAAAACCCAAGGAACCACCAAAAGAUCUGCCACAGGAGUGGCAAACGCUAUGCCAAGUGGUGGGUAGAUAUGAUGCUUCCAGUGAGGCUGCCGCACUCGAAGCCAUUGAGAAGCUGGAAGAGCAGGAACUCAACCCGCUACAACAACGAGCAUGCCACGAAGUGCUUCGUUCCUUUGUGGAGCAGGACGCACAAUAUGCCAAAUGGAUCUUGGAGGAUGUGGCAAGUGGGUAUCGCCAAGAUGAUAAGGCCGAAUGUAUCAAAAUCACAGCGGCUAACAUCACCAGCUGGAGGAAACCCAUAGCGGCAUGGAUACACGAACUAGGACCGGACCUGGUGGUGCUGCAGGAAACCCAUCUCAAGACGGAGGGUAUCCAGCAAGCCAUGAGCCAUUGCCAAGAUAUGGGAUAUACCUUCAUUGGCAUGCCUGGCAGUACCAAAAUUAAGGGUGUACAAGGAGGCCUGGCAGUGGUGGCACCCCGACAUAGGAACCUGCGAUACCUUACCGAGUAUGGUUCAGGACCGGCGGGCUUCCUGGCAUGUGCCAUGAGAAACAAAGGCUGGGAUUUGAUCAUCGUCAGUCUGUAUUUGGAGAGCGGGGUCGGAUUCCAGGCUCCAAACAAUACCCAAGUACUGGCGAGACUGAUAGCCUUUCUCAAGGGCUGCAAAGUGCCAUAUAUGGUGCUGGGUGAUUGGAAUGAAACCCAGGAUACCAUGAGGGGCACAACUCUGGCGACAGAAGUUGGUGGUGCACUUGUGGGAGUGGGGGAACCAACGGCCCAAGGAUCGGACGAAAUCGAUUAUGGGCUGGUUGCGAAAUGCUUGGUGCCCAUCCUGCAAGUGAAAACGGAUUGGGAAACCCCUUUUCGGCCUCAUGCUGCGAUGCAUUGGAGGAUAGCCCAACCGUGCAGUAGCCCUGAUGUUCCCCAAAUGAAGAAGGCGGGAGCACUGGUAACGGAAACCGUGGAAUACACACCGGUUAAAAACACACAGACCAUCCACAUCUUGGAUGAACCCAGGAUGGAAGAUGAACUCAGUGAGAAAUUCGCUCACCUGAGUGUAAGUGUGGAGAGGUCGAUCACAGGACGAAUCGACGGUAUGGGUGUCAAAGCUGAAAUCGUCCGGAAGAAAUUGGUGGUCCACAACCCGGAGAACGUUGUCUGGACAGGCAAGAGGGCAGCUUUUUGGAACCGUGUCCAACAAUGGGUCAAGCAAGGCAGACAUCAUGGAGACGCGCAUCCGGUGGCGCGCCUAGUCCAAAGUAGACUCAAUGUGUACUAUGAGGGCGAUGCGCAGAGCCGGGAGGAUAUGCUUGUGAGUAUCCUGGGACGAGGCACAGACGCCAGACUUGUCCUAAAGCGCAUUGAUGAACAGCAAUGCUACGCGAGAAAGGCAGACAUAGAGGAGACGGCCCACCAGUACAAGCAAUGGCUCAGCAAGGCCAUGGAAAAGGGCAUGCGACCGCUGUACAAUGCCUUGCGGAAAGACGAACAAGUGGUACAGAGACCCUACAUGGAAUAUGACAUGCUGGAACGGCCACACAUUCGACGUGACCACUGGGCGGCGGUGUGGACGAAGGGCACACCGAUGGCACAAACGGCCUCGCUCAUGCUGGAGCUUGAGGAUGCAGCCAAAAAACAGGCGGCCAGCGUGGAGCCGCUGAAUCCUGAAGAGGUCAAGGCAAGGAUCAAGAAAUUGGCCCUAAAGAGCCCGGGGCCGGAUGGAUGGCGGAUCGACCAUUGGCAGGCCAUGGACGACAAAGCGGUCGAAGCAGUAGUGGCUUUCUACCAUGAGUGUGAGGCCAAAGCAACAUGGCCGAAACAAAUGACAGUCUCACUUAUUGCAAUGCUGCCUAAGAAUCUGACCCGGGAGAGACCAAUCGCCUUGUUGCACAUCCUGUACCGAACCUGGGUCCGAUUGCGAUGGGAUUUGGUAAGUACUUGGCAGGUGAGUUACGCAAAAAAUGCCAAGUACGACAAGGCGGUCCCAGGCAGUUGCUGCCUGGACGUGGCUGUAGGCAGACUGUUGCGAAACGAGGUGGCGAAGACAAAUGGUGUGCAUGUGGUGUCGCUAUUUGUGGACCUUGAGUCCUUUUUCGAUACCAUCCAGUUUCAGCAACUGAUAGCGGCAGCAACGGACCUGCAAUAUCCACCGCUAAUCCUGAAAAUGGCACUGGAAGUGUACAUGGGUGCCAGAUACUUGGCAGCAGAUGGGGUGCUAUCGGCAGGCAUCAGAGCUACGAAUGGAGUGCAAGCGGGGUGCCCUGCGGCGCCGUCAUUAGCGAAAGUGGCAUUGCAUCAGACGAUUGACAAGAUCCAAAAGCGCAAAGAUGUGGCAAAUGUGGACUGCUGGUUGGAUGAUGUCUCAAUUGACGUCCAGCAUAAAUCCUUCAAACAAGCGGCAGACAGUGCGAUCCGAGUCUACCGCAGCUUAAAGGACGGGAUGGACGCAAAUGGGUUCACGAUUUCAUCCAAGAAGACAGGGUUUGUAGCCAGCAGUACCCAGGCGAGCAAGCACCUGCGAGAACUACUGUUACCGCAUGAGCCACAAGUGUACGACGUGAUGCGGGACUUGGGCGUCGACAGUACCGGUGGGCGAAAGCGUCGUUUGGUGACGUCGGCCACACGGGCAAAAAAAGCACAUGCCCGACAGAGCAAGCUGUCCAGGCUGGGGCCGCCGCCCAGCACUAAACUCCGCGUAGUCAAGGCCGCGAUCACAUCCGUUGCUUUGUGGGGGCACCCAUCCGUGGGGGUAUCGCCCAAAAGAAUGAAGUGGCUCCGAACAGUGGUGGGCAAACACCUGGGCAAAUACAAGCUUGGUAGUUUGGAAACCAUACUGGAUAUGGGAGCCAAGAAAUGUCAGGACCCGAAGCGCACAAUCCACAAGCAGCAUUUCAAGGUGGUGGCAAAAGUUUUCAGCGCAUGGAUUGGUGGAGGCAAAGCCCACUUUGAACUGGCCUGGAAAGCCACUUGGAGGAGGUUAAGUGCGGCCAAACACCACUGGCCACUGGUCACGGGACCGAUGGCAGCAACCAUGGCGUACUUAAUGGAUUUGAAGGUGGAUGCAAGUGACCCGGGCAAAUGGAAGAGAGGAAAUGUCCUCAACGUCGAUUGGACCCAGCCACGCAUGGGAGGCCUCGCCUACAAAUGGCUUGAGGGAUUCCUCGAGGAACAAAAAAGGGUUGCAAUAACGCGACAAGCAGGUGGAAAGGGGGCCCAGGAGGGGUUGGAUUGGACGCCGCAUCACAAGCUGACGAAGCUGGGAGGCUUAAGCCCGGGCCUUAUGGAAGGGAUGAAGUCAGUGUGGCAUGCGGGCGUUAUCACGGAGUCCAAGCCUGGCUGGUGCAAGAAGUGCCAAGUGCCAGCCACUCUGGAGCAUGAAUACCUGCGCCACAAAUACCCAUGGGAGUGCCUGUGGACAAGGGCACUCCUGCCCAAGCCGGCGGUGUGGCACCCCAAGCCGCCGGAGCAUCUUUUGGGACUGCGCUACCAAGGAUGCUUUGCAGCAGACGCUACAGUGGAAGCAGAAGGCUUGAUCUUCGCCACUGACGCCAGCGGAGGUCCAGGAGGAAUAGACCCACGUGUACAAACAUCAGCCCUCGCAGUGGUGGCUAUGACCUGGAAAGAUGGUGAGUUGGUGAAAGUCGGACAAAUUACGGAGCUGGUCUACCCGUGGCAGCCGGUAGUGGACAUGGAGCGCCGUGCACUUUUCAGACUAAUGGAGCACACGGAGGAUCUGAUUGACGUCACAAUGGACUGCAAGCCGGCAGUCCAAGCGCUGCAAAAAAUACAACCGCCGGACGAUGACCUGGAAUGGAGCAAAGUGUGGAAUGGAAAGCGCAACGAAGCAGAUUUCCCCUUCAUCCUGGACCAUGCGCAUUACAAGGAGAAGAUGGUGGUAUUGGAGCAGUACUGCGUCAACCAGCCGGAGGACGAGCAGCCGGAGAAAUUGACCCUCCAGGUGCGAAUCAAACUUGAGGAUUCGUGGAAACCAAUUUUGGAGGAGCAGUUCCUGGAAACAGACCCCAGGAACGAUUGGGUCUACCAAGCGGAGACCUACCUCAGUGAAGAGCGGAAGAAUCGGCCGGGCAAAGGCAAGGGUAAAAGCAAGAACAAGCAGCAGGAUCAGCCCCGAGACCGUUCCCCGCUUCGACAGGCCAAACACCCGGAGCAGACUUGGGAUAGGGAUGAGGAGAGUGCUUCAGAAUCUCCGGUGGGUCCGGUACGCCUACGGGAGAGAGGAGAAGACAGUGCGGCCUCGCACCAAGCUGAGGGUGUCAAUGAAGAGCAAGAGGCAAGCCAGCCUCGCACAGUCACGCUGGCGGAAGGACCAGGUGCCCACAAUAUGGCCUCGCACGAAGCUGAGGGACAGGUGCGGGGCGCACUCGACGAGGAUAUGCUCUGGAUCGGAUGGAUCGGAGUCCUUUUCGACGAGGCGGUGGAGGGGUACUGCCACCACUACUUCUAUGGAAGUAUCAUCCGCAGGGCAGAGCUGUUCAACACAUGGUGGCAGGAACAUCGCCAAGAAGCCGGGGUCCUCAGACAGUCCCUGUUUUACCUGGUGGCUAUAACGUCAUGGCUGACCAACCCGAUGUCAGGAACGCUACCACGGGCAGUGUUCUUUGACACGGCAGAGUGGUCGACGCUGCAGGAGGAGAGAUACAAGUUAUCAAGCGGCCUCGUACGCCUCCUGGAGAAAUAUGACGAGGAGCUACUGGCAACCAUACGUGGAUUGGUCAGAACGUACGACGGCAAAGCCAGCGCGCUUUGGAUGGCUGACCAGCGCAGCCCAGACAAGAAACAUGGCUAG